AUGGCUUCAUCCGUUUCUUCCCAACAGGAUCAGGUUCUAGUAGAAGCAAACUCCUUCGCAAGAAUUCUAAGCUUAAACAGGCCUAAGCAGCUUAAUGCUCUUUCAUUUCAGAUGAUUUCUUGCUUAUUGGAACUUUUUCUUGCCUAUGAGGAGGAUCCUAAUGUCAAGCUGGUAAUAUUGAAGGGUAAAGGAAGAGCAUUUUGUGCUGGUGGAGAUGUUGCAGCUGUGGUACGUGAUAUUAGAGGAGAUGAUUGGAGAGCAGGAGCCAAUUUUUUUUUGAAGGAGUUCACCUUAAAUUAUUUGAUGGCAACCUAUAGCAAACCACAGGUUUCAAUUCUUAAUGGAAUUGUUAUGGGAGGUGGGGCUGGUGCUUCAGUGCAUGGUAGAUUCCGUGUUGCAACUGAGAACUCGGUUUUUGCAAUGCCUGAAACAGCUUUGGGACUCUUCCCAGAUGUAGGUGCAUCAUAUUUCUUGUCAAGACUCCCUGGAUUUUUCGGAGAGUACGUUGGUCUUACCGGUUCAAGGUUGGAUGGUGCAGAAAUGCUUGCAUGUGGCCUCGCAACACACUUUGUCCCUUCAACUAAGUUAGCCAUGUUAGAAGCUGCACUGUGCAUUGUAGAUUCCAGUGAUCCAGUAAUCAUUUCCUCAAUUAUUGAUCAAUACUGUGAGCAACCCUCAUUGAAAGAGCAGAGUGUGUACAAUCGAUUAGAUGUCAUUGAUAGAUCCUUCUCUCAAAAAACGGUUGAAGAAAUUAUAUCUGCUCUUGAGAGGGAGGUUGUUCACAAAAUGGAUGUUUGGAUCUCUACAACAAUUCAAACAUUGAAAAAGGCUUCACCAACAAGUCUUAAAAUUUCUCUUAGAUCAAUUAGAGAAGGGAGGCUCCAAGGUGUAGGUCAAUGCCUUGUUCGUGAGUAUAGAAUGGUUUGUCAUGUCAUGCGGGGAGAAGUCAGCAAAGACUUUCUUGAGGGUUGCAGGGCUAUACUACUGGAUAAGGAUAAGAACCCAAAGUGGGAGCCAUCCAAAUUGGAGAUUGUUACUGAUAGUAGGGUUGACCGGUAUUUCUCCAAGAUGAACACUGAAGAAUGGGAAGAUCUAAAGCUUCCCACUAGAUCUAAGCACAACUUGCCAGUAUAUGCCAUUGCAAAGCUUUAGAUGACAUUUGAAAUGAUGUUAAGAGUUUAGGGCAGAAAGUUGUAAAAUCUAUAAUAAGCAAAGCCAGUUUGGGUAUAUGCAUGUCAAUCCCUUGAUCAGUCAUAAGCUGUUAUUGGCAUUUUACAUGGCCAACUGGUUAAAUUAUAUGAACCCAAUAACAAAUGUUACAGUUAAUGAUAUUGUUUAUGCAUUUUAUUGGAGGGGAGGCGUUGCACUCUCCAUUUCAAGCA